CCUGGAAUCCACUCACAGGAUGUUAUCGCUUCUUCCCGCUUUCAAUCCUCGACCCACAGCUGCACCUCACUGCAACUCCAUCACUGUUUUUGAACAGGGACGGCCGAGUGGCUUUGAUGGACGUCGAGCCUCGCCGCCGCCAAGAGACGACUUUGCUUUUUCUCUCAAUCGCAACCGUCUCAACUGCCCUGUCCGUGGCGCUCGGAGGGGCUGCGGGAAGAAGGGGGACAGUUGAUGAUGCUCGACAGCCGAGACCUCGUCGAGACCGUUCGCAAGCGUCUCCCUCUUAUCUCAGCCCCUUGUCGCUUUCACUUUGCGGUCAGCAAUGCUGGGACAUGCAGAUGGGGCGCGGGGUCAUGUCUGCGGCAGUUAUUACGGAGUACCAUCGAGAGAUAAACAGAAACCGAGGAAAACGCUCAAUGAUAACUCGCGCAUCGUCUCGUUUCAUGACCCCGUUUCCUUCGCUGUCGGCCAUGUUUCCUCGAGUGUCCAUUGGUUUGUCGGUCUCUCAUAGCACAUUAUAGGUUGCCUGUCCGGCCGAGAAGCCGUCCUCGUGCUUAUAUAUGGUUUAUUGGCCACCGAGACUUGCUUCUUUCAAGAAAAGCAUCUAGGUCGGCCAUACCCCGAUUCGAAUCCUUGCCUGACGAAACGAAUUUGACCUUCUUGUCCCUCUUUA